ACGUAUGAUUAUUCUGCGUACUAGUUUCAAUGCUGACUCAUUUGGGCUUGCACUUGUUGAAUUGAACGCGUAGUUUGAACCGCUCGUCUUCCUUUAGUUCAGCUAUUCAAAGCAGGACGUAACAAAAAUGUGUAGGAGGAGCCAACUAGCGUGAGCAACUUUCCACUGGCCAGCCAGUUAACUUCCACUACAAACCAAGUGCGCAUAUCAGCCUUUCCACUGCCCAGACCGUUAACUUCCACUACAAACCAACUGCACAUAUUGGUCUUUCUCAGGAGAAGUUUGUUUCAGCCAGCCCAUGCAUUUCACUUAUAACGUUCAGGGCGUAAAAAUCCAACUGACUGAAAGUGAUAUUGCAUGGGGACUAUACACCGAGACUUUGGGGCGUUUCUUCAAGAGCUGUCCUACGUUGCCCCUGCAUGAGUUGUGAUAUCAGUCAUAUUGUGGUGCAACGGACUCACCCGACAGUCCCUGGUGAAGUUUGAAAAUGGGACAUUUUGAGUGAUCAUUGGAGAUUCUCGCUACUGUUCUUAGCCUGCAAGUUUAUCUCACCGAGCUGGCAGAUCCGCAAGUGCGAUUCAUUUCACGUCAUUCUAGCUAGCUCACAAAGUUUCAGAUUCGAAUCAUCAGAGAACUUGUGGGUUUGAGCGCAGUUGUGGUCUGUGACAACUCAUCGUUAUCAAAACGACGGGUGCUUUCUGUAGUGCUCUACACAAUGUGACAUGAAUGACAGCUUUGCGCAUCCUGUCCAGGGUGUGUGCGUGUGGUGCGUCAGGGCUAAGUGAAGCAUGCUGGAGUCGGCCUACAGAGAUGACUACCUGCCUGUGGGCCUGGAGCAGGCCGAGCCCAAGCGUCUGCUGCCCAAGAGGGAGAGGAACACCUGCGACCUGGAGGCCAGCCUGACCGUGGGCCAGUACGUGCUCUGCUGCUGGUCCGACGGCCUUUACUACCUGGGCAAGAUCCAGAGGGUCAGUCCCUCUAAACAGAGCUGCUUCGUCACAUUUGAGGACAACUCCAAAUUCUGGGUUCUGUGGAAAGACAUCCAACAUGCUGGCGUCCCCGGUGAGGAGCCCAAGUGCUCGGUGUGCUCAGAGAUGGUGCCGGUGCCGGGCAACAGGAUUCUCAUCUGCGGCAAGUGUGGAAUAGGUUACCACCAGCAGUGCCACCUGCCCCCCGUGGAGAGCUCAGCAGACCUAUCCCCCUGGUUCUGCAGGAAGUGCAUCUUCGCCCUGGCUGUGAGGAAAGGGGGCGCUCUGAAGAAGGGCCCCAUCGCCAGAGCUCUGCAGGCCAUGAAGCAGGUACUGGCCUACAACCCUGAGGAGGUGGAGUGGGACUCUCUGCAUCGCACCAACCACCAACAGUGCUACUGCUACUGCGGAGGACCUGGAGAGUGGUACUUAAAGAUGCUCCAGUGCUUCCGGUGUGAGCAGUGGUUCCACGAGGCCUGCAUCCAGUGUCUGCAGGAGUCCAUGAUGUUUGGAGAUAGGUUUUACCUGUUCAUCUGCGCCGUGUGCAAUAAAGGGGUGGAGUACAUCAAGCGGCUGGCGCUCAGAUGGGUGGAUGUGGUCCAUCUGGCGCUGUACAACCUCGGGGUGCAGAGCAAGAAGAAGUACUUUGAGCUGGAGGAAAUCCUCAACUUCAUCAGCAGCAACUGGGACCACUUCCAACUGGGAAAGCUUUCAAACACGCCUCCUGCAGAGAGAGGACAGCACAUCCUGGAUGCGCUCAACAACUAUAAAACCAAGUUCCUCUGUGGUAAGGAGAUCAAGAAGAGGAAGUGCAUCUUUCGCCUGCGCUCCCGAGUGCCCCCCAACCCCCCCUCCAAACUCUUCCCGGAGAAAGCCCAGAACGAGAGCCGCCGGGGCCGCAAGAGCUCAGCUCCUGCAGACAAGAGGAGGAAGAAGAGGUCCAAGUGGCUUCUAGAAGACGCCAUACCCAACAAUGACCUGACCUCUUGGAGUGCCAACCAUCACAUGGCAAACAUAUUUGACUUCACGCUGGACGAACUGCAAAGCUUGAAAAGUACCAGCUCGGGUCGGACCCUCAGUCUGGACCAGGACUCCACAGACGCGGCCAGCACCUCGGGCUCAGCCACCACCAGCGUCUCCUAUGACUUCCGUAAGAACGUAGGCAGCCGCAAGCGCAAGCUGCCCUCCUCCAGCUACUCGCUGAUGGCCACCAAGAGGGCGGCGUCGGAGAGCGACCCCAUCAGCCCGAUGAGCCUGCCGGGCGAGGAGCCGCCCGUCGCCAUGGAGACCGGCAUCGACAGCCACACCUUCGAGAGCAUCAGCGAGGACGACUCGUCGCUCUCGCACCUCAAGUCGUCCAUCACCAGCUACUUCGGCGCCGCCGGCCGCCUCACCUGCGGGGAGAAGUACCAGGUGCUGGCGCGCCGCAUCACGCCCGAGGGCAAGGUGCAGUACCUGGUGGAGUGGGAGGGCACCACCCCCUACUGAACUGGCACCACGGGGCGGGGGGAACGAGGGGGUGUCCCACUCACAACCCCUCCCCCCUGUCCAUUAACACAUAGAGAAGCAGUUCACAAACCCAACCCUAUUCGACCAAAUUGUUAUUAGGCAUCUGAAGCAGCCACAGAAGGGAAUGUGUGUGACAUUCGCACAGCCAAGCCAGUAGUAGCACUGCCAAUGUGUAUAAGCUAUUACUGGACUGGUCAUUACACAGUAAGCCAUUUACAGAGAGCACCACCACACACACACACACACACACACACACACACACACAAGCAAGAGGGAACAUGAAGGUGUGAAUCACACAAUUCUGUUCUGUACAACAGAGACCUGUAGCGCUGAUGUGUUUGUUUAGAAGUUCACGGAUAAAUAAACAGAACCAGCCAUUUCAGACAUUAGUUGGACAACAGCUGAUCGAAUGCGACUCGCAGCGAGACGGGUCAGAACCAGACGGAUCCACUUUAGGAUCGUCUGUCUGUCUGUCUGUCUGUCUGUCUGUCUGUCUGUCUGUCUGUCUGUCUGUUGGGAAAGUACAAAGGAAGUGACAACAGAAGAGUUUUACGGUCGUUGUCUGUUUGACCAACGUGGCCACCUCCACCGCCACCUCCACCUCCUGCUUUUCCCCCGAGUAGAAGCGGCGUGUUCACACUCACUCAUGUGUUAGCUAAUGUUAGCCAUCUCUCGUUUCUUCACUCUACUGCAGCCGCAGUAUGCAUGCGGUUAUUCUCUCCACACAGCAGUAUGCGCCAUAUUAUGCAUACUUGCGUUUCAUCUUACAAAAUAAGAAUACACGUCUGUAAACAUGCCUUUUUUUUUCAGUCACAGAAAUCUCAGUCAUGAUGACAUAUCUAGUGUGACCACACAGCCGUGGCACGGUAUAGAUGUGUUUGUAAAUAGUUAUAAAUGCGUUCUGUUUUCUGACAUUCCUUUCAUGUGCAGUUCUAUCUGUUGAAGCUUGGGAGAAUGUAAACACCAAAGCAAUGCAAGCCCUUUACCGAAGCCUUCUAUGUGACAGUAUUUUCAGCUUUCGUUUGCCAUUUCUGUAUUGUCAAAGAGGUAUUGGACUGUUCUGGAAAAAAAAAAAAAUGAGACGGUUCACUACUCUAAAUACCAGUUAGAAGUACUUGUUGACAGUUAGUAUUUUAACAUACGAAUAACAAUCGUGAGACCUUUUCUUAUCUAUUUUUAACAAUUGCAAUAGAAGUGAAACCAUAACUGUAACUUUGCCGCUGCCAUAUCCAAAGAUUUUUAAUCACACUUAGGUUUUAUGGGUAAGACAUAUUAGUGUCACGAUAUUGAGUCUCUGCUAACUGGUAGUGUUAAGCUAGUGAACUGUUAAAAGUGCUGAACGUUUGAGAUUAUUCAGGCUGAUACUGAAUAGAUUGGAGUUUGAUUAUACUUAAAUAUUUACCUGUUGUAUAUAAAAUUGGAUAUAAUAUGACCCCCCUUUUUGCCAUUGCACUAUUAACAUAAGCCUUCAACUAUGCAAUAUGUUUUGGUAAUGGAUAGUACCUUCAGUUAUUACCAAAUACAUGAACACAGAUAGUUUUGUGCUGAUCAAAAGAAAGCAUUCGAAAAGCCACUUGCUUUCAGCGUAUAAUAAUGUUUUUUUUUUUUUUUCCUAUAUGGAACUACUUUUAUCUUUCACUGCUUGCCCUUCUAUCAAAAUAACAGGAAACUAUACCCUAUCUAAAUCCAACAAAUGUUCAGAUUGUGUCAGAUAUCAACAAAAAAGUGUCAUACCUACAAAUGCACCUCUGUGUAGUAUUUUGUUUUCUGUUUAUGGUUGCUACUCUUCUAGUAGUGUUAUGUUAGUGCUUAACGAGAUACUGCAUACAAAUGUGGCCUAUGAUGUUAAGAGUAUUUAAUAUUAAAAUAAAGGUUUAACAUCA